AUGGCGAUUAUUGUUUCUGCUUUUGCUGCGUUUGGUGGCUUAUUAUAUGGUUACGAUACUGGUUCGAUAUCGGGAAUAAUUGAAAUGAAAUGCUUUUUAAAAAUAUUUGGCUCAAAACAAGUCAAUGCAGCAUACGCUCUUAGUUCAAAUGAUAAAAGUUUAAUUGUCUCGAUUUUAUCUGCAGGAACGUUUAUCGGUGCUCUACUGGGCUACCCAUCUGGUGAUUAUCUUGGUCGUCGUCGCGGAUUAAUUUGUGCGUGUCUAAUCUUUUCUAUUGGUAUUGCUUGUCAAACAGCUGCUAGUGCAUUUCCUCUCUUCGUAAUUGGACGUUUUAUUGCUGGAUUAGGUGUUGGUAUCAUAUCUUGUAUUGUUCCAAUGUAUCAAUCGGAAUGUGCACCGAAAUGGAUUCGUGGAGCGAUUGUAUCAGCUUAUCAGUUGUUCAUCACCAUCGGACUUUUACUUGCUGCGAUUGUUAAUAAUGGAACGAAAGAUUUUGAUUCUUCGAAUUGUUAUCGAAUACCUACUGGUCUUCAAUUGAUUUGGUCAGCAAUUCUUGCAUUCGGAAUGUUUUUACUACCUGAAUCUCCGCGUUAUCUCGUUAUGAAAGGGAAGGUUGAUGCAGCGUAUCAAUCCCAAGCAAAACUUCGUUCGAAGAACGCUGAUGAUCCGGAAGUUGAUAAUGACAUCAAAGAAUUGAUCAAUGAUUUGGAAUUAAUGAAAACAUACAGUGCAAGUUCGUAUGCUGAUUGUUUUCGUAUGGGACCACAGAAGAAUCUUCUUCGAACAUUAGUUGGUAUUUUUCUUCAAGCAUGGCAACAAUUAACUGGCAUUAAUUUUAUCUUCUAUUAUGGAACAUCAUUUUUUCACGCAUCAGGUAUUUCUCAACCAUUUUUAAUCACAAUUAUCACGAAUAUCGUGAAUGUCGUAAUGACCAUUCCCGGUAUGUUACUCAUGGAUAAACUUGGUCGACGAAAAAUUCUCAUUAUUGGUGCAAUUGGGAUGUUAAUUUGUGAAUAUAUUGUUGCCAUCAUUGGCACAAUUGUUGGACAAUCGAAUCCAUCUGCUCAAAAGACACUUAUUGUAUUUGUUUGUGUUUACAUCGCAUUCUUUGCUUCUACUUGGGGUCCAGCUGCUUGGGUUAUCACAAGUGAAAUUUAUCCAAUUUCCAUUCGAGCGAAAUGUAUGUCGUUUUCCGUGGCAUCGAAUUGGUUAUUUAACUUUGCACUUGGUUAUGCAACACCGUACAUGGUCGAUGAAGACAAAGGAAAUCUCGGAUCGAAAGUAUUCUUUCUGUGGGGUUCAACGUGUCUUGGUUGUCUCGUUUUUGCCAUGUUUUGUAUUUGGGAAACAAAAGGUUUAUCUCUCGAACAAGUGAAUUAUUUAGUGAGAAAUUCUUUGCCAAUCAAAUCUGCAAAACUCAAUCAACAAUUAACAAAGGAUAAUAAUGAAUUGAACAAAAAAUGUGAUACAGUUAAUGAUUGUAACAACUUAUGA